AUGGACUUUCGAAAGAAGUUGUGUUCGUGGGACUUUUCCCCCUCACGUGCCAUCGCGCUUGACAACUUGGACCGAGAGACCUACCGCUGUCGAUCGGUCGUGUCAAGUAGCGGUGGCUCGAGCGGGCUCCAUGUUCAAACGACGCGCGAUUCGCACGAGAAACUCGUGUUUUCCGACUCGGACAUUUGCGACGACGUUCUCACGACAAUGUCAAAGCUUCAGGCGGCCGUGCACAAGCACAGUGCCAGCAGUGAAGGAUGGAAGCACAGCUCGGGGAAGAACGGCGUCGAGGUGUCGGAAAUGAAGUCGUACUUGUCGCUCGCUCAGCCCGAUGACGAUGCUGACAUUUUGCAUGCAGUGGUUGCGAAAACGGAGCUCCGUUGUCAUUUGAACGAAGCGCUGAGUGUUUUGCUGCACGAGGACUCGGAUGGCUAUGACUCGACCAUGAAAGCUCUGUGUGGAAAGCACUUCAAGACGGGCGAAGUGCUUUUUCAUCAAGGGGUGGGUCUCCACACGCCUUCGUCGAUUGAGAAACAAGCUGAUGGAUCGCCCAACCAAGCGGCGAUCUCCAUCACGUCCGCCACGAUGGGUCAUCGAUUCAGCUUGAACAUGCGGUUGCAGUCUCGUCAGAAGCGAACGCAGCAGCAGCUCGUCUUUGCAACGUACACGCAUCAGAAUGCUGACAAGAAACAUGCUGUCCAUUUGAUGAAAACGGUACCGAAAGACGUCUACGACCAGGUACUGCCUGACGCGGAACAGUCGCUGCUACGGAACGGGAUCGACCACAUUGGCGUCGGGUUCGACUUGCAGUUCACCCCUUGCUCUGGCGGAAGUAAUCGACAGCGGACUCGGAUCUUCGCACAUGCGUACGCAUCGGACAAACCCACUCGAGCGUUUUCAAAGCACGUUUCGAACGACCCUGAGGCAGGCAAAACGGCUGGUCUAGCAAACUUGGCGCGUCGUCGAGCGAUGCUCAUGAACCCAGAAGCUCGAAGCGUGAUGCGGACGUUGACCGAGUCGCUGGAACGAUUUGACCGCGUCAUUCGUCGUCGUCGCUUCGGGUUCCAGUCCUUCGUCUACUUUCCAAAAGCCGACGUCGACCCGUUGUUUGAACGGUGCUGUCUGAUCUGCAACAAGACCUUCAGCUUCUUCCGUCGAGAUUUCUACUGUCAGCUCUGUGGCCACAUGGUCUGCAACAACUGCUCGGAUCUGUUCGACGUGGAGGUGCGCAUCGGCGAGAUCCGGAAAAAUCGGUGCUGUAGACUGUGUGUGGUUCGAGUGGAUGCCUGCAAGUUUGACGACGAUGACCUGCUGCCGGCUUUGGGUCCGAUUGUUGUGGAUACUCCUUCCGAAGACUGGUUUCCGAUUGACGGGUCGAUUCUGAACUCGUCAUGCCGGGAGGACGACGACAGCGAUCUGAAUGUGGCGACAGAGCAUGACGACAAUAACCUGAUGGAGCAAUUGUCGUCGGAAGUUGCUGAGGCCCGCAGUCGAGCUCUGGAGACACUGGGCAAGCUCUUGAGCAGGAAACCCAGCACUCGAUUGUCUGCAAGUACUGCAACUUCACCACACGCCAUCAAUCUCGAAAGCCGAAGAAGGACCAAGCCACGGCAGCAAGCGAAGAACCGAAACAUAACUCAGGUGAAGCGUGUCUUGGACAGUGUCGAAGAGCAUCUGAACAAGACGCUGUUGAAAGCCAAGCUCCAAGUGAAAGCCGACUCGUGCGACGUGAGCGACCGCACUCGGGACUACAAGUACGAAUACGACGCGAGCCAAGUCACGCAUGAAGACAUUCCGUUGGCACCGAAGCCUGAAGCACAGAAAGAUGCUCGUCGCGUCGAGCUGAUCAAAAGAUCUGGAGCCUUGCAUGCAGACUACGAUCGAUCGGCAUUGGAUCUGAUUGCCGAAGUAGCAGCCAAGCGUCUUGGCUGUCCAAUUGGAGUCGUGUCGAUGAUCGAUGACCAGCAGUUCCAUGCAAUCGGCCAUUACAAUCUGCCCGUAGAAGCUCACCUGCUUCCACGCAACGAGGUCCCCUGCAUGCACUCGGUCUACACGGAGAAACCACUGGUGGUCAAGAAUCCUCAGCGGGACAUGCGGUUCUCGAAAAUGCCAUGUGUCAAUGACUUUGGGGUCAAGUUCUACGCCGGGUUUCCACUCAGAGCAUUGAGUGGCGAAGUGAUUGGCAACUUGUGUGCGCUCGACGCCGUCGCGCACAACAAUAUCUCCACGAAGGACUACUCAACGAUGGAAACACUGGCUCAGCUAGCGUCGGAUCUGUUGAUACCGAACACAGCAGCUUGA